UAUUUAUACCAAGAUUAUCUUCCCCGAUAUCCAAAAAAGUUUAUUUUAUUGUAUAGGUGAACUUGAACCACUGGAAGAAUUAUUUUGAAGGUGUUUUACAUUCGCAGUGGUAAUCAGUAUGUGGAAAAAGUCUUUUCUUCGAAGUUUAUACUCACUUGAAGAGUGAUAAGGCAGUAUUUAAGUAUACAGUAUAUCAACUAUGUGGUCUUAUAGUCUAUAGUUAUCCACUGUCAUGUGUUCAACUGAAAUAUAUAGUGUGAUAUGUUGUUUAAAAAUUCGCUAAAUCGAUAAUUAAAAUAUUCUGUAAUAUAUUUACUUGCAUGACUAGCUAAUACACAGUAGCAUUGAAGAAAAAAAAUAUUCUAUGCAUACUUUGUCAAAAGAACUCGAAUCAAGUCUAGAAAGACAUACUAGAUUUACAGAAACACAAAUUGGAGCUUUAGUUUUUCAUGAUCAUAAUGAUCAAAAAUAUUAUCGUAACUAUCAAUUUGACGUGGAUAUGGAUAUUGUACGUCGUUUUGUAACUCGAAAUCUUUGCGGAGAAUAUCCUCCAGUAACUUUACGUUAUUUUGCACAGAAUUGGCCUGAACUCUGUAUAAUAGCCUUUACCGAUACACACAUACCGAUUGGUAUUAUAAUUGGUCAACAGACAGAACCUCAUGUUGGAAGAAUAACAUUUUUUGCUGUUGAAAAACGAGUAGAAGCUAAUAUUGUCUAUAAAAAGUUACUACAGUUAGAAGUCAUGAAAAUGCACCAAAUUGGAAUAAGGAAAGUGUUUUUAAAACCAGCCGAUGAGCGUAUGGAGAUGAAACUAAUGCGGUAUAUAGGAUCCACGGGACCUUUGAGAAAUAAAGAUGAUAAUGGGGAAUAUCAAUUUCAUAUAUAA